AAGGAAAAUAAUCAACGGUUCUUCCUUUCGUUUAUUUACAGCUAGCAUCAUUACUGUACAGUAAAAGGAGACGUACGUCAAAAUGGCUGUUAUACUAGACGAAGUCUACGACUGGUACAGAGAUCUCAUGGACAAUCGCAGUGAUCCACGUGUCAAAGAUUGGCCUUUGAUGUCAUCGCCAUUUCCCACCUUAGCACUCUGCGUAUUCUAUGCCUACUUCAGCAAAUCGCUUGCGCCGCGCCUGAUGGCGAAGCGAAAAGCCUUGGACUUGCGUAAAGUACUUGUCUACUACAAUCUCUUUCAGACAAUAUUCAGCGCGUGGAUUUUCUAUGAGUACUUAAUGAGCGGUUGGUGGGGCAACUAUAGUUUCAAAUGUCAACCUGUUGAUUACUCUAAUAGUCCAUUGGCUAUGCGUAUGGCACGCACCUGUUGGUGGUAUUACAUUUCCAAAUUCACAGAGUUCUUUGACACGAUAUUCUUUAUAUUGCGUAAGAAAAACGAACACGUCUCAACGUUGCAUGUCAUUCAUCAUGGCUGCAUGCCCUUCUCCGUAUGGAUGGGCAUGAAAUUCGCGCCAGGUGGCCACAGCACAUUCUUUGCCUUGUUGAACUCCUUUGUGCACAUUAUCAUGUACUUCUAUUAUAUGAUUGCUGCAAUGGGUCCAAAAUACCAGAAAUUCAUAUGGUGGAAAAAGUAUCUUACCACUUUCCAAAUGGUACAAUUUGUCGCCAUUUUCACUCAUCAGUUCCAGUUGCUUUUUAGAGAUUGCGAUUAUCCUAAAGGAUUCAUGGUUUGGAUCGGCCUGCAUGGCAUUAUGUUCCUGUUUCUCUUCUCUGACUUUUAUAAAGCCAAGUAUACAAAUGCACGCGUGCGCAGUGCGGCGACAAAGGCCAAUACAAAUGGCUACACUAAAAUACCUGCGACUGCGAAUGGCAAAUGUGCGCCAACAAGCAAUGGCGAUUUGUCCAAUCAUUUAGUGGCGUCGAAUAAUAACAAGGGUGCUUGUAUGCCCGUCAUGGAUGAUGAUGAAGUCGAGGUCAUCAAGUCAAACCAUCACUUAACCAAUGGCUAUAAGAAUGGCUUCGCUAAUGGCCAUGCAUUUAAAGAGGGUGACGGUGUACUCUCAUCAAAUGAUGCUAUACUAAAUCCAGAUAGCAGUAGCUCUAGUCUACAUCAGCGGAAAGUCAAAUAAGCAUAAAGUGUAACAAACAAUUGAAUAAUAAUCAUAUAAACUAUAAGAAAAGCAACAACAAGCAAAUUGUAGUUAGCAUUAGGGUAUACAUAUAUGUAUUCAUAAAAAAAUGAUUAUUUUUUAUAUAUACAUAAAUUAUAUAUUUAAUAAUUUAAAAGCGAGUAAAAAGGAGCUUUUAUAUCUAAAAGUUGGAAAUGGAAAUACAAGAAAUAAUUAUAAUUAAAAUAUAUACAAUAGAGCAGCAACAAAGAAGAAUAAGUUCUAAGGUCUAGUAUGCAUGUAUGUCUAGAACUAAUUUAGAAUCACCAAGUUGUUCAAAUAAUUUGCAAUAGAUAUGUUAAUGUAUGAACAAAGCGAGCAAAGAAAAAAUCAUACCUAAAGUUGCUCACGUGUAUUCGUUAUUUAGUUUUUUUUUUUUCAAAAUGUUUUCCAUUAUAAAUCUUUUGCGUUCAUUUUUAUUUAAAAAAACAAAAACCAUUAGUCAGUGUUGCAAGCUUUGUAUAAAAUUAGAAAAAAAAAAUCGGCGAAUUUCAAAAAAUGGUCAUCAAAAGUUCAAACCUUUUAAUAAGAGAUGUUUAUUACCCAAAAAUAAUCGUUGAUUUUUGAAAAUCGAACUACAAACCUGCAUACCCCAAAAUGGUCAAAUUCUGAUUAAACAGUUUGAAAUUUUGAUAGCUUUUUUCGUAAAUUCUCUGAGUUUUUGUGAAUUUUGUACGAAAAAUAUUUAUAAAGGAAAACCUUUUGAACAUUAUGAAAACACUAAAUAACGAAUACUUCUGUGAAUAACUGUAUGUACAAAUAUAAGUAUCAUCAAAGAGAAACAAAAUUUUAUUUAAGUACAUCUACAUACAUACAUGUAUGUAUGUAAAGGAAAUGAUCAGGCCCCCUAUCGUGGCAUUCGAUAUCGAACGCACUAGAAUUGAAAUUUGAUUUUUAGAUCAAGGAUUCGAUCGCGCCUCGUCAGUUUAAAUUGCAUUGUGGAGAAAUCAGCUACCAUUUUAUACGAUUCGAUUCGAAACGAGAAAUCAUUCGAUUACGAAUGCCGCGAUUCGGACCCAGAAUUCACUACUUUCUAGUAACUUAAGAAAAAUUUGUGAAAAAGAGAAAUUGAAGAGUCAUGAAAGGCCAUUGUUUUACGAGCAUGAGCAUCCAAAAGAGUAUUUUACGUACUGCACGCGCAUAAAUUUUGAAAAAAUAAAAUCAAAUAAGAAACAAAAAAAA